UUGGUUAAAUUUAUAACGUUGCAAAAUGGCUGAAGUGAAAUCGCGUCGUAUUGCUCAGGCAGAAGAUUUAUCAAAUGUCGAAUUCGAAACGAGCGAAGAUGUCGAGGUUAUUCCUACUUUUGAUAAUAUGAACCUUCGGGAAGAAUUAUUAAGAGGAAUUUAUGCAUACGGUUUCGAAAAGCCGUCAGCUAUUCAACAAAGAUCAAUAAGACCUAUAAUGCAAGGCAGAGAUGUAAUAGCACAAGCACAAUCUGGUACAGGAAAAACUGCUACAUUUUCAAUUGCUAUACUACAAUCUUUGGAUACAGAAGUACGAGAAACACAAGUACUUGUCCUUUCGCCAACACGAGAACUGGCUACACAAAUACAAAAAGUAAUCCUUGCAUUGGGUGAUUUUAUGAAUGUACAAUGCCACGCGUGCAUUGGAGGUACAAAUCUUGGCGAGGAUAUCAGGAAACUUGAUUAUGGUCAACACGUAGUAUCGGGUACACCUGGAAGAGUAUUUGACAUGAUUAAAAGAAGAGUAUUACGUACCAGAGCGAUUAAGAUGUUGGUAUUGGACGAAUCUGACGAAAUGCUUAACAAAGGUUUCAAAGAACAAAUUUAUGAUGUUUACCGUUACCUACCACCAGCAACACAAGUCGUACUAGUGUCUGCUACAUUACCUCACGAAAUUCUUGAGAUGACCAGUAAAUUUAUGACAGACCCAAUUCGCAUUCUUGUAAAACGUGACGAGUUGACUCUAGAAGGAAUAAAACAAUUUUUUGUUGCCGUCGAACGAGAAGAAUGGAAGUUCGAUACUCUUUGCGACUUAUAUGACACAUUAACAAUUACUCAAGCAGUUAUAUUUUGUAAUACAAAACGUAAAGUCGAUUGGCUGACAGAGAAGAUGAGGGAAGCUAAUUUUACAGUUUGUUCUAUGCACGGUGAUAUGCCUCAGAAAGAAAGAGAUAAUAUUAUGAAAGAAUUUCGUUCUGGACAAAGUCGAGUUUUAAUUACAACUGACGUUUGGGCUAGAGGAAUAGACGUUCAACAAGUAUCUCUUGUUAUUAAUUAUGACUUACCAAAUAAUCGUGAAUUGUAUAUUCAUAGAAUAGGUCGUUCAGGUCGAUUUGGUCGUAAGGGUGUGUCGAUUAACUUUGUCAAAACCGAUGAUAUCAGAAUCUUGAGAGACAUUGAACAAUAUUAUUCAACACAAAUCGAUGAAAUGCCUAUGAACGUGGCUGAUUUAAUUUAAGUUAUACAUUAACAUAUUCGAUUAAUAUUA